AUGAUUCAACUUGCUAGGGUCUCUUUAAGAUCCUAUAUAAGGGCUCCAUCGAAAAUGUUGGGGACUCGGUUUUAUUCUAUGACCCCGGAGGAAACUUUGAUACAAGAGAAAUUAGUCAAAGCACUCCAGCCAGAAAGACUUCAGGUGAUGGAUAUAUCUGGAGGCUGUGGCUCAAUGUUUGCCAUCGACAUAACCAGUGCAAAAUUUAAGGGCUUAUCAAUUGUGAAGCAGCAUAAGUUGGUGAAUGAAAUAUUGAAAGAAGAUAUACAAAAAUGGCACGGUUUGCAAUUACGCACCAAAGCUAAUUGA